AUGGUGUCCUCUGACAGCGAUGACGACUUCUUCAACAUGGCAGGGUCUGACGCUGGGGAGCCGGUGCUCGCGGUGGCCCCGGUGGCCCCGGUGGUGCCGAAGAAGACCGCAACGGAGACGGUGCCGCUGGAGUUGGAGAGUAGUUCCAGCGAGAGUAGUCGACGGAGUAGUCGACGGGGCAGUGACCGUUCGGUAUCCACAGAGUCAGGGUCUGAUGAGAGCCCGCGGCGGAAACGACGUAAGAUGGGUACGGACUCGAGCUCGAGUUCGAGUUCGGAUGCCGAGUCAGGCCCUGACGAUGAGGAACAGUUCUUCCAAGAGUUGCUCAGGGCGAGGACACAGUCCGUGGAGCCCGCCGAGACUGCUACAACGUCGACGGUGCCCUCCCCCGUGUACAGAGUACGGUUCCAAUCGCAACUGGAGGGCACGCUGGGCAAGAGUGUGCAAGUGAAAGUGAUCGGCACACGACCACUGGGGACAGUGUUGCCCAGUGUAUUGAGUGCGUUGGUGAGAGCGUGUCGUGUACCACAGGUGUUGCAGGGUGGGUACACUGAGGGUGCCGUCGGGAUGUACCGUGGUGGGGCACGCGUGCUUCCCUUUAUGAACUGUAACUCGCUGGGUGUAGUGCAAGAGUUUGAGAACGAGGUGUUGGAAGUCGACGUGGUGCUGCGUGCGUUGAACCUGGAGACACCCGCCAGCGAUGUGUCUGGUGGACAGGAGGCAACCAACGGAACCGAGGCUGCAGCCUCCGUCCCUGUUCCCGUUCCUGCCCCCGCCACCGCUGCAAGUGAAUCCCCCGGUAAUCCCGCCCCCGCCCUGAUGAAGAUCGCACUGCUGAGCGCAGACAAUCGACGUCUCUACGUGAAGGUCCACGGCGGCACACCUUGUUCGCGACUGCUCGAAUACUACAGGAUGGAGCGUGGGCUUCCUGCCGGAGCACCUUUGCAACUACGGCUCGACGACGAGCAGGUGUCCCCAGAGACCCACAUAUCGGAACUGGACCUCGAGGACGGCGACGUCCUCGAGAUAGCAGAGUGA